AUGGCGAAAAAGCUUCCCUGGCUUGAGCGAAAGCCCACACACACUUUGCAAAACGCAUCCAUGGACGGUCAGCUUAGCACGUCCGUAGACAGCCCACGCAGCACGCCCGUAGACGGUCAUCAAAGUAAUGCAGACUCGCCAUCCCCGAGUACUCGGGCUCCAGACCGUGAAGUCUCCUCUUCAAGCACUUCCGGGCAUGCAGUUGGGGGCAAGCCGAUAGCACGAAGGAAAACGUUCAUCCCACCUGGUCGCUUUCAAACUCCGUCAACAGCUGGAAGUAGCCCAUCGCCGCCAUAUGACUCGCAAAAACGGCCUUCAAUUGUUCGCCUCGAGAACGGCGCCGAUAAAAUAAGGGACAAUGAUCACCGUCCGCGUGCACAAAGUUUGGCGCCCAUUCCAGAUCACCUUGAACAGUCCGUGACACCAGAGAGUACCCCGACACCAACACAGAGUAAUCUCAAUGGCGAACCGACACCCCCUGUAGUCAUAUCAAGAGUCCAAACAUCUCUGGUCCAACCAGCGCCAUCUCACAGCGUCUUCGAGCAUACCGCCAGCCGAAGGAUAAGCAAUGCGGUGGAUGACCUGGAAGAUAUGGUACAAGAAGCUAUUGAGGUCGCUGAGGGCGCUCACAAUCAAGAGCAGGUAAAGGAGAUAUACGACAUCAUUGAAGGGGCGAGAAACGCUGUUCAAGAUGUAGCUGAACCCAACUAUCUCAUGACCACAGCUCUUCCUCUCAAAGCAUCCAGUUCCUCAAGCCUAUCAUCCAGGUUUGAGCGCACAACGUCGCCUACAGCCCCGGGCAACGUUCUCGAGGACCUAGCGCCGAACAUGCAUUCACACUCAGCUCUUCCACGAGGCUCAGUGUCCCAUGAUUGGGCCUAUUCGAACCAAGAACACCGAGAGAAAGAAAAUUCGUCGACAUCAUCGCGUACUUCAACUGAUAGAGAGGACGACAGAGACCAUACCGACCCCGGAACACGUAGCAAUCUUCUUCUUCCAAAGCACGCCCAGGCGGCUCCUAGGGAGCACGUAGACUUUGUUCUUCGUCCUGUGGGUCGAGAUGAAUCACGCGGUCGUUCACGCCGACGAGUCACCAACGAUCCUGGAACCUACAGUCACCAGAAAAGACGCCACAAAAGCCAUCGGCGUAUCCCUUUGUCCAAUCUGAGGAAUGGUCCGAGAAGCUCUAGUUUCAGUGAAAGUGAUAGUUCAUCAGGCGAAGACGGAUUACCAGCCCAUCCUUACGACAACGAACUCGAGGUCCGAGAGCAUGCACACCGUCACACGUUCAGUCUACGUCGCCAUCACCGCAGACAGCCGAUUGCGAGGAAUUGGCCUACAGGCAAGAAACGCCUUACCGCCACUGUCGCCUGCGUCAAUACAGCUCUACUUGGCAUCAUCGUUGGCAUCUACGCGGGUGAGGUGCCACGCAUACAGUACUCUCUGGCAGACGAACAGCACAUCACCAUUGUCGGCAACGCGGUGCUGUUUGGCGGGCUUGCGAUUUCCACCUUCUUUGCUUGGACCUUACCUCUACUACACGGGAGGAAGCCCUAUAUCCUCACAGCCCUAGCAAUCGCCUUGCCGCUCCAGUUCCCCCAAGCCAUCAUUGUCAGUGAAUAUCGAAACAAGGAUACCAAAUACCGCAUUGGACUGUUACUUUCCCGCGCAGUAUCCGGUCUCGUGCUCGGCUUUGCCAAUGUAAACUACAUCACGGUGCUGCUCGACCUGUUCGGCGCCUCAUUGCAGUCCAAGAACCCGCACCAAGAGUUUGUUGUUGCAAACGACGUGCGCCGUCACGGUGGGGGCAUGGGCAUGUGGCUGGGGAUCUGGUCCUGGUGCUGGAUCGGCUCGCUCGCUGUGGGCUUCCAGAUCGGGGCUGCAAUUAUCGAGACCCUGACACCCGACUGGGGCUUUUACGUUGUAGUCAUGAUUCUGGUCUUGGCCUUGAUACUCAACAUUGUUGCUUCGGAAACGCGGCGGGCCCCAGUCCGCAGAUCGGUAAUCGAGGUGUACGACAGAGACGAGAAUUACAUCACCAGGCGGGUCAAUCGGGGUGAGGCGAAACUGCAUAUCGAAACUGAGGGGCCGAUGUAUUGGUUCGAAGAAGUGUGGGCUGGCAUAAAGCUCAUGGCCAUGAUGCUCCGUCAGCCGGGCUUCCUCGUCCUGGCUCUCUACCUAGGCUGGAUCUACGCACAAGUCGUACUUGUCAUUGUUCUCUUGGGCGCUCUUUUAUCAAGGGAUUACAGAUGGCGACCGACAAGUGUAGGUGCAGGCGUCAUGUCUGUUGCCAUUGGUGCCUUCUUAGCGAUCCCCUUGACAAAAGCAGGCAUCUUCUCGCGAGACCGCAAAAAGGCGUUUCGAACAGACUCGAUGACGUUUGAGAAGCAAGUUACUUGGAGUAGCCAUCUUGUUCGGCGCGCAGUCUUCACGCUCACACUUCCUCUGAUGGGCAUGGCAUAUACCAUUUCGUCAGCCGGGCGCCCCAGACCAUACGCUGUGCCGAUUGUCUUUGCGGGCGCUGUAGCGUUUCUCAGUGUACUCGCCAUAGCCGAGUGUCAUGGCCUGAUCAUGGAAACAUUUGAUACGUGCGAUCUGCAGCCUGGAGUCAACACGCGGCAUCGUCUCGAAAGCAUGGCAGUGCAAGAUCGUAGAAGAAGAACCAAUUACUCGUCCUUUCCUCGGGUCACGGCUGGUAUCUUUGCCAGCCAGGUCAUCGCUUUCAUCCUAGCAGCUGUGGCGACCAUGGUCGGCGGUUCCAUGACACGACGUCUGGGCGCUCAAACAUCGACGGGUGUUACAGCCGGCAUUCUCUUUGGUCUAACCGUCCUUCUCAUCUUGGUCCUGUUCCGUUUCAAGUCUGUACAGGUUAUACCAAAUCACACAUUCGGCACCAGACGCGACACUGCAGCAUGGCAAGAGUUCAAAGACCUGGAGAAGAUGGGCAGAGGCAGUGAUUGGAAGGCUGUGGUUAUCGGAAACCCCAGUGGCAAGAUGAGAAGAAUGAGUGUGCUUGAGUUGGGUGCUCUGAGUCGAUGGACGGAGAUUAGAAAAUUGAACUUCUUGAUCCAAGGGGUGAUGCUGGGACAGCCAAAGGAGAAGAAGAGGGGGUUCGGGGGUGCACGGUAG